AUGCGCACUGUGGGUGUUCACGUGCCCGAGAAGGCCGAGCAACACUUGGCAGCCCAGCCCCCUUUGGAGAGCCCAUCGUCCCAACACUGUCCUUUACCUCAUUGGCAGGUGGUGUGUACCGUGGGGGGAUGCCCCAGACGAGAGGAAAUUCACGUUCUGAGCAGGGCAGAGUGGGACUGCAAGAGAUUUCGUCACACUUCUCCAAACAGCGGAUGUUCCUUUGAUGAGCACUACAGCAACUGUGGUUAUAGCGUGGCCCUGGGAACCAAUGGGUUCACCUGGGAGCAGAUUAACACAUGGGAAAAACCAAUGCUGGACCCUGCGGUGCCCACAGGGUCCUUUAUGAUGGUGAACAGCUCCGGAAGAGCCUCUGGCCAGAAAGCCCACCUUCUUCUACCUACCCUAAAGGAGAAUGACACCCAUUGUAUCGAUUUCCAUUACUACUUCUCCAGCCGUGACAGGUCCAGCCCAGGGGCCUUGAAUGUUUAUGUGAAGGUGAACGGUGGGCCCCAGGGGAAUCCUGUCUGGAACGUGUCUGGAGUCGUCACUGAGGGCUGGGUGAAAGCAGAGCUUGCCAUCAGCACCUUCUGGCCACAUUUCUAUCAGGUGAUAUUUGAAUCCGUCUCUUUGAAGGGUCAUCCUGGCUACAUCGCUGUGGACGAGGUCCGGGUCCUUGCUCAUCCGUGCAGAAAAGCACCUCAUUUUCUGCGACUUCAAAAUGUCGAGGUGAAUGUGGGACAGAAUGCCACAUUUCAGUGCAUUGCUGGUGGGAAGUGGUCUCAGCAUGACAAACUAUGGCUCCAGCAAUGGAAUGGCAGGGACACAGCCCUCAUGGUCACCCGGGUGGUCAACCACAGGCGCUUCUCGGCCACUGUCAGCGUGGCAGACACUGCCCAGCGCAGUGUCAGCAAGUACCGCUGUGUGAUCCGUUCUGAUGGUGGGUCUGGUGUCUCCAACUACGCAGAACUGAUUGUGAAAGAGCCUCCCACUCCCAUUGCCCCCCCAGAGCUGCUGGCUGUGGGGGCCACCUACCUGUGGAUCAAGCCAAAUGCCAACUCCAUCAUUGGGGAUGGGCCCAUCAUCCUGAAGGAGGUAGAAUAUCGUACCACCACAGGCACCUGGGCUGAGACUCACAUUGUCGACUCUCCCAACUACAAGCUGUGGCAUCUGGAUCCUGAUGUUGAGUAUGAGAUCCGGGUUCUUCUUACACGACCAGGAGAGGGGGGCACGGGACCACCAGGGCCUCCACUUACCACUAGGACCAAGUGUGCAGACCCAGUGCACGGCCCACAGAACGUAGAAAUUGUGGACAUCCGAGCUCGGCAGCUGACCCUGCAGUGGGAGCCAUUUGGCUACGCAGUGACCCGCUGCCACAGCUACAAUCUCACCGUGCAGUACCAGUAUGUGUUCAACCAGCAGCAGUACGAGGCUGAGGAGGUCAUCCAGACCUCCUCCCACUACACCCUGCGGGGCCUUCGCCCCUUCAUGACCAUCCGACUGCGGCUCCUGCUGUCCAACCCCGAGGGCCGGAUGGAGAGCGAGGAGCUGGUGGUGCAGACUGAGGAAGAUGUUCCAGGAGCUGUUCCCCUUGAAUCCAUCCAAGGUGGACCCUUUGAGGAGAAGAUCUACAUUCAAUGGAAACCUCCCAAUGAGACCAAUGGGGUCAUUACUCUCUAUGAGAUCAACUACAAGGCCGUUGGCUCCCUGGACCCAAGUGCUGACCUCUCCAGCCAGAGGGGGAAGGUGUUCAAACUCCGGAACGAAACCCACCACCUCUUUGUGGGUCUGUACCCUGGGACUACCUACUCCUUCACCAUCAAGGCCAGCACAGCAAAGGGCUUUGGGCCUCCCGUCACCACUCGGAUCGCCACUAAAAUUUCAGCUCCAUCGAUGCCUGAGUAUGACACAGACACCCCACUGAAUGAAACGGACACGACCAUCACGGUGAUGCUGAAGCCUGCACAGUCCCGGGGAGCCCCUGUCAGUGUUUAUCAGUUGGUGGUCAAGGAGGAGAGACUUCAGAAGUCACGGAGGGCAGCUGACAUCAUCGAGUGCUUUUCAGUGCCUGUGAGCUAUAGGAAUGCCUCCAACAUUGAUUCUCUACAUUACUUUGCUGCUGAAUUGAAGCCUGCCAACCUGCCUGUCACCCAGCCAUUUACAGUGGGUGACAAUAAGACAUACAAUGGCUACUGGAACCCCCCACUCUCUCCACUGAAAAGCUAUAGCAUCUACUUCCAGGCACUCAGCAAAGCAAAUGGAGAGACCAAAAUCAACUGUGUUCGUCUGGCUACAAAAGCACCAAUGGGCAGCGCCCAGGUGACCCCGGGGACUCCACUCUGCCUCCUCACCACAGGUGCCUCCACUCAGAAUUCUAACACUGUGGAGCCAGAGAAGCAGGUGGACAACACCGUGAAGAUGGCUGGCGUUAUUGCUGGCCUCCUCAUGUUCAUCAUCAUCCUACUGGGAGUGAUGCUUACCAUCAAAAGGAGAAGAAAUGCUUAUUCCUACUCCUAUUACUUGAAGCUGGCCAAGAAGCAGAAGGAGACGCAGAGUGGAGCCCAGAGGGAGAUGGGGCCUGUAGCCUCCACCGACAAACCCACCACCAAGCUCAGCUCCAGCCGCAAUGAUGAAGGCUUCUCCUCUAGUUCUCAGGACGUUAAUGGAUUCACAGAUGGCAGCCGUGCUGAGCUGUCCCAGCCCACCCUCACGAUCCAGACUCACCCCUACCGAACCUGUGACCCUGUGGAGAUGAGCUACCCCCGGGACCAGUUCCAGCCCGCCAUCCGGGUGGCCGACCUGCUGCAGCACAUCACGCAGAUGAAGAGAGGCCAGGGCUACGGGUUCAAGGAGGAAUAUGAGGCCUUACCAGAGGGGCAGACAGCUUCGUGGGACACAGCCAAGGAGGAUGAAAAUCGCAAUAAGAAUCGAUAUGGGAACAUCAUAUCCUAUGACCACUCCCGGGUGAGGCUGCUGGUGCUGGAUGGUGACCCACAUUCUGACUACAUCAACGCCAACUACAUUGAUGGAUACCAUCGACCUCGACACUACAUUGCAACUCAAGGUCCUAUGCAAGAGACAGUAAAGGACUUCUGGAGAAUGAUCUGGCAGGAGAACUCUGCCAGCAUCGUCAUGGUCACAAACCUUGUGGAAGUGGGCAGGGUAAAGUGUGUGCGAUACUGGCCAGAUGACACAGAAGUCUACGGAGACAUUAAAGUUACCCUGAUUGAAACAGAGCCCCUGGCAGAAUACGUCAUACGCACCUUCACAGUGCAGAAGAAAGGCUACCAUGAGAUCCGGGAGCUUCGCCUCUUCCACUUCACCAGCUGGCCCGACCACGGUGUGCCCUGCUAUGCCACUGGCCUCCUGGGUUUCGUCCGCCAGGUCAAGUUCCUCAACCCCCCAGAAGCAGGGCCUAUAGUGGUCCACUGCAGUGCGGGAGCCGGGAGAACCGGCUGCUUCAUCGCUAUUGACACCAUGCUCGAUAUGGCUGAGAAUGAAGGAGUGGUAGACAUCUUCAACUGUGUACGUGAGCUCCGGGCCCAGAGGGUCAACCUGGUACAGACAGAGGAGCAAUAUGUGUUUGUGCAUGAUGCCAUCCUGGAAGCAUGUCUCUGUGGCAACACUGCCAUCCCUGUGUGUGAGUUCCGCUCUCUCUACUACAACAUCAGCAGACUUGACCCCCAGACGAACUCCAGCCAAAUCAAAGAUGAAUUUCAGACCCUUAACAUUGUGACACCCCGUGUCCGGCCUGAGGACUGCAGCAUCGGGCUCCUGCCCCGAAACCACGAUAAGAACCGGAGCAUGGAUGUCCUGCCUCUAGACCGCUGCCUGCCCUUUCUCAUCUCAGUGGAUGGAGAAUCCAGCAACUACAUCAAUGCUGCACUAAUGGAUAGCCACAAGCAGCCCGCUGCCUUCGUGGUCACCCAACACCCUCUACCCAACACUGUGGCAGACUUCUGGAGACUGGUGUUCGAUUAUAACUGCUCCUCCGUGGUGAUGCUGAAUGAAAUGGACACUGCCCAGCUCUGUAUGCAGUACUGGCCUGAGAAGACCUCUGGGUGCUACGGGCCCAUCCAGGUGGAGUUUGUCUCAGCAGACAUCGAUGAAGACAUCAUCCACAGAAUAUUCCGCAUCUGUAACAUGGCUCGGCCACAGGAUGGGUAUCGUAUAGUCCAACAUCUCCAGUACAUUGGCUGGCCCGCCUAUAGGGACACACCUCCCUCCAAGCGCUCUUUGCUCAAAGUGGUCAGACGACUGGAAAAGUGGCAGGAGCAGUACGACGGGAGGGAGGGACGCACCGUGGUCCACUGCUUAAAUGGGGGAGGUCGCAGUGGAACCUUCUGUGCCAUCUGCAGUGUUUGUGAGAUGAUCCAACAACAAAACAUCAUUGACGUGUUCCACAUCGUGAAAACAUUGCGUAACAACAAAUCCAACAUGGUGGAAACCCUGGAACAGUAUAAAUUUGUAUAUGAGGUGGCACUGGAAUAUUUAAGUUCCUUUUAGUCCACUGAUUUGGGGAACCAUCUGGAGUCCAGAGGCUGCUACGGCCAAACUCCCUUUUCUGUGAAUGGCAGUGACUGGGCUCAGGGGCUCAGAGGUGGCUUCCCUGGCCAGCUCCAAGAAGAAGACUGGUGGUCCCAUGUUCCAGGAUGGCUCCUGUCACUAUGGGAGAUGCUGCUCAGAAAGGCCUGGUUUCCCUUCCAUCCCUAACCAGCCACAGCCAUGGGCCUAAGCAGAAGUGUACCCAUAAGUGAGGCCUGGGAUGUUUGGUUUCUGGAUCUCUUGCUUUUGUUCCAAAUGUGUGACUCUCAUGGCAAGUUGGCUGUGCAGGUGUUGGGGAGUGGGAGGUACUUCCUUCUCUCAGGAGUGGAGGGAAUAUGUGCUCUAUUUCUCAUGCUUUCUUGGAAAAGAUUGAGGCUCUUGGGAUCACUGUUCUGCCACCCCUAUAAUCUCCUUCAGGGGCUCUGGAACCCCAGAUGCUUGCCAAUCUGCAUCAGAGUGGUCUCAAGAUGCUCCCUGGAUCAUAGCAGAAACUGCCCACCCCUGAUCCUCACACUUAUCCUGCAUGGGGCUUGGCCCACUACCAUCCUGUAUUCUUCCCCCAACCCAGGUCUUGAUCUGUCAUCCCCAGGCCAGCAACCUGUGUCCACAGCACACUUUGAUAAAGGUGGUCAGUGGGAGGGAAUAAAACUACAGGAAACUUUGCUGUUCUCCCUUAACUUUGUAAAAAGGGACCACCUCCCUGGGAGGGCUCUAGCUGACCUGUACCGAUGUAACCCCUGUGUUUCUUGGAUGGUAGCCCCCUUUGGGAGAGAGGAACAAGAUAAGACUUGAUUAUUUUUCCAAAGUGUAUAUAAAAAGAAGCUUUCUCCUUUAGGAUGUAAAAUCUUAGUCUCUUAUGUCAGGAAUAGGGGAGGGGGGAGUUUGAAUGUAUAGCCAUAAGACAAUUCCCUCCAACCUGUUAUCUUUUCUGGCAAUGUCCUUCAAAGGUCCCACCCUGAAACAAUAUAGCCAUUGAGCAAAGGAGAGAUAAGCUAGUCUGAAGCUAGUUCCUUUGGUUUCUGGGCAGAUUUUGUGUAUAAUUUGCAUCUCUAAAUCUGAACUCCUUCCUAGACAAACCCUGCUGACAACUUGAAAAAUACCUUCAUGCAUUUCAAUUUAAAAUAGGCCAAGAGGAUCAGGCCUGGGGAUCCAGGGUCUUGUCCGAAGUAUGAGUGAGACGAUGAAAGGAAACCAGGACUUGCUAUCUACUGUGUGCCAGGUGCUAUGCUGGUGUUUUCCAUGUGACAUCUCAUGCAGUCCUUAGGACUUCCAAGAGAGAACUGUUAACUUGUUAUCAUCCCCUCUCAACAGCUUAGGAAAUCAGACACCUUCCUCAGUGAUGAAAUCUUGGGUUCCAAAAAGGCAGAUAAUAGUGAUGAGACUCACCUAUACUCUUUUCUUCAUCCUUUUCCAGCCAGGCAAUUAUUUUAUGGAGAGAAAAAUAAAGCCAGAAACUUCUGAUCAGAGAAUUCCACAAAUGGAAAUGCAGUUCUUUCUUCCUGGUACCAGUCCUUCUGGGAAGCCUAGAAUUUCAGAUAUGUUAUAAUAAUACAUACUCAGCUCCCUGAGAAAGAUAGUCUUUUUCUAAUUUAAUAGUGAAAACAACUCCCUGUUCCCAUGAGCUAGAAGGAAACUAGCCAGGGACACUCUCUCUACGUUGGUCUCUAGCCAGUGCUUAGGCUUAGGGAUAGCCUAGGCCCUUGGAAGUUCUAUUUUAGAGUCUGGUCUAGCCCCAGCCAGGGAAGGAGGAGCACAUAAUUCAAUAAGGCACAGUUUUUGCCCCCAAAGGCUCACUUCUUACUGGAGUUGAGCCAUAGUGCAGUCAUUUUGGAACAGCGUACAAGUGUUAUAAGAGCCUAGAUGCAAGAGAGAUGCUGUCUGCCUAGGACAUCCUAGCAAUGUGACAUCCACUCCCGCUGAGUAUAAACAGGUAGAAAAAGGAAGAAAGGACAUUCAGGGCCAGGGAUGGGCAUAUGCAAGGCCAACGAGAUGUGAAAAGGCCUUGGAAGAAGCAGUGUGGUGGAGAGGCCCAGCUGGAGCACAGCAGGAGCCAGGCUCAAGACGACAAAUGCCCACCAGGAUUGCAGUCUCUGUCCUAUGGGCAGCAAGGAGUCUGCAGAGCUUUCCAGUGAUAUGCUUAGCUUACUGUUGGAGAAUGAUCCCUCUGAGCCAGUGGGCCUGCCUCUUUUCCUUUCAUCAGACACUGUGAAAACAUUCCUGUAAGCGUGUAGUUUUUAAUAUCGUAUCUAUCUGUCCAUGUGCUCGUUAUUUUGUUGCUGGAACAAAAUAUGUAGCGGAUUAUGAGACAGGGAUUCUGUGAGAAACCCAGGGUCUCUGCUUUACCAUGGAGCAGGGUCACCCACCCAGGCCUCCAAGCCUACAAGGACAGGACAUGAAAGAAGCUCACAGAAGCUGUUUCCAUUGGCAUGGGCUCUGGAGCUGUCUGGAAGUCCUAGGAUACCAAACUUGAUCAAGGAAGGGCUGUCACUUUGGAAGUUCAAAAGGAAGUGUCUCGAAGCUAAGGCAAGCAAAAGAACCCACGCUUAACUCGCUCUUCUUUGAUGAGCCUCUUCCCAGGUGUGUUUGAGCAGGUCCCCAGAACCCAACCCCCACUGGUCCUGCUGGCUUUCCCUGGCUGCAGCCCGCUGCCCCUGGUGGCCUUUCCCGGCCUCAAGGAUCUUGCAGCAUAGCAAAGCAACGUGUUGUGUGAUGUUUUCUCAGAUCUCAGCUCAUCCAUCAGGGUGGGGUGUGGGGGGUGACUAUCUAACACAAAUCCUAGGAUUUAUUCUGCUCAGGAAGAGAUGAAAUAGAUGGCAGAUAAAAAAAAAAAAAGACAGUGGCUUCUAUCAUUUCAAAUGAUAGGAAUUUAAAGUGUGACUUCACAGAGGGAGAAACUUGUAAAAACUCACGCCAUGGUGGGAUAACCCAACAAGGGCCAGUGAUGAUUCCCCCAGUUCAUCCGCUUGUUUUCUCACAACCCAGGACAGUGAACAGGUCUGAAGCCCAAGUACAAGAAUAAACUGAGGCUUAUAGAUGGGGAUGACUUCCUUGAGAUCCCAUGUGGCAAGUAUGUAGCAGAGCUUGAAUGAGACAGGGCAGUGGUGUCCAGAAAUUUGGACUUGACGCCUUGCCCAGGAAAUCUGAGCAAACGCCACCUCCUCUCCAGUAUCUCCCCACCCCACCAAAGGUACAGGAGGGGUUCACUCUGUGAUGAGCAGAGCAAAAUAGUAUUAAAGCUAUCUAAGUCUCUACAGCAUGAGCUGGUCUCUUGUUUCUGGGAUGCCAAAGAAUGCUCUCAGAAAAGAGCCUUCUGUAGUUUUCAAUUCCUACAUAUGGACCCUGUUUGGAGAAGAUGCAAGGAAUUAAUGAGAAACUGAAACUGGCCUCAUCUGCAUGUGUUUGUGACCUAGAUGUGUAUCUCAGCUGCACCCCAACAUUGUGUCCUUUCACCUUUUCUGGUCUGAUGAUCCAGGGCCAGCCAGGAGCCAUUGGGCCUCUACAUGGCCACAGUAGGCCCCCUUCUGUGUGACAGAAGGGACCAGAUUGCUUUCAGUGCUGCAUUUCCGAGGUUGUGACUUCAGCAAUGGCCUGCCAGAUGUCAACCUUCACAUGAAACCAGCAGACCCUGGGCUAGGGGCACUAAUAUACAAGCUCACUUAAUUCUUCCAACAUCCCUAAGACAGGCUUGCUAUGAUCACUGUUUUACUAACAAGAACACUGAGGCUCCAAGGGAUAAAUCUCUUGCCCAUAGUUGCACAGUCAGUGAAUAAGUAAGCCAGGAUUUAAACUGUUUCUUUCUGGCAACAGAGAUAAUAUUUAUCCACCAUUGCGUCUCAGAUUUUCCCAUAGUAGUACCCAUAAUAACAGAGACCAGAGUGAAACAGAUAAAUUCAACAGAUUUUAGAAAAGCUCAAAGCAGACAAUAAUAAGCUUCAAAUUCCUUCACAGUCUCCUGUUUUACUUUGAGUAAUUCAUGCAAUAUGUAUAUCCCACUUCCUAAAUUAACCUGAUUGGUUUUAAUAUGGCUGUAUAAAUUUAAAAACAAAAUAAACCAACAAACAAAAAACGUAUGUGCCCUGUCCAACCCAUAGGAAACAUAUCUGAGUCUGAAGCACAGGGCUUGGCCAUGUUGAUUUUUUUCCCUCAAGCUCUAGAACAGAUCACUUUCCCCUAGGGAGAUCCUUCAGUGUGGGAGUAUCCUAAGCUCGCUGUUCAUGGACUGACCUCAACUAAGGUCUCUUCUAGUUGGACGUUGGAAGAAGCCCACUGACACACAAUUAGAAAGAUCAUGACUUGUCCUCUGACAUGGUGAAGGAUGAAGAAGAGAGAAGCUAGGGACCAGCAGGUGGCGUGGUGGUUAAGGCGCUGGACACUCCCA